UGCAGGGAGAAAAUAGAAACUUUUAUUGAUGAAAACAAAGCCUUGAUCAAAAGAAUGUUCGGAGACUAUACAAAUGCUCCAGUGGAUGGAGAUAUACCAGAAAGUUUCGAAACUUACGAUGGAAAGACUAUCCACAUUAGAGCUAAGAGAGCUAGCCCCAAAAAUACAUUUCCUCCUACUUCUAAUAAAGUAGACGCUUGUGAAUCUGCAGUUGAAAUUGUGACCCCAUAUUGGGCUUCGAACAGCGCUGGAAAACUGCGUGCUAUAGUCAAUACACAGCACUUGCAGCAAGCUAUACACCAAGAAGUGUGUCAGUCAACUCAAACGAAAAAAUGUGCCAGUGAUUGCAGCUGCGAACAGAAAUACAAAUGGCAUCGCCUCUUGGCUUAUGAUCCUGAUGACGAUUGUAAAGGAAUAUUCAUGGACUGGUUCCUGUUUCCUUCUUGUUGUGUUUGUCGAUGUAAUGCACCUAAUAAAAAUACUUAGUACGUUUA